GAGGAAGCGUUGCGUGUUGAUGUGGCAGGAGGUCGCUCUCGGACGGCCGCUGGGGGAGGAAAUCGGCCCAAAAAUGCCCAAAAUAGGGAUGAUUCCUCUCAACGAAGGGCAUCACUGAGUUCACUGGACUCGGGAGAGAGAGCACAGGACGAGAAGAACGCCAGGAGGUGAUAUUAGAGAGAAGAAGAGGGCUGUCUCUCUAGGCCUGUGCACUGAAGAUUAAAACAGACACCUGUUCUUAAGAGCGUCUUAGUCCUGCUUUUCCGAGGGAGGUCGCAAUCUGCCCCAUUCUCCGAGGUGGAGGAAGAGGACUAGCAACGUUGCUUCUUGAUUAGCAGAAGAGGUAACAUGUCUGAGAAAUCAGUGGAUGGUGCGCCUGUCGACCCAGGGCCUCUGGUGACCCUGGCAUCAGAGCAGCUCGCAGUGAUUGGCACAUUUAGCAAGAUGGAGGCCUUCAUCUAUGGCUCCUUCACCCUCCUGGCCCUCAUAGCUCUGGCGUUGCACUUCCUCUCCCUGAAGACCAAGAGCCAAAUCACGGCAGCCAAUAACCCUCAGUUCAAGAGGUUCCAGUUUUCGUUUUUCCUGGUGUACUUCAUGGCAUUGUUCUCUGACUGGCUGCAGGGCCCUUAUGUGUACAAGCUGUAUGAACACUAUGGUUAUGCCAGCAACCAGAUUGCCCUUCUCUACGUGGUGGGUUUUGCCAGCAGUGUCAUCUUCGGGACGACGACAGGACCCCUGGCUGAUCGGUUUGGUCGGAAGAAGAUGGCACUCUGCUUCUGCAUCAUGUACUCCUUCUGCUGCCUGACCAAACUCAGCUCAAGCUUCUUCUGGCUGUUCAUGGGUAGGGUUUUUGGGGGUAUAUCGACAUCCAUGCUCUUCUCCACCUUCGAGUCAUGGUAUGUCUAUGAGCACACAGAAACACAUGACUUCCCUAGUGAGUGGCUGUCUGUGACCUUCUCCAAGGCGACCUUCUGGAACGGGGUGCUUGCCAUAAAUGCUGGGGUGUUCUCUAACAUCUUUGCUGAGACCUUGGCCUUUGGACCAGUUGCUCCCUUCAUGCUUGCCAUCCCCUUCCUGGCCAUGGCAGGUCUGAUCAUCUCGCAGACCUGGAGAGAAAACUAUGGAAAUCAGGCCAUUGAUCUGAGGAAGUCCUGCAUGGAAGGUCUUCGAUCAAUCUUGUUCAAGGACUCUAUCCUGUUCUUGGGGGUGGUUCAGUCUCUCUUUGAAGCCAACAUGUAUAUUUUUGUAUUCCAAUGGACCCCUGUCCUGGGACCUGGCCACCCUCCCCUUGGCAUGGUGUUUGCAAGCUUCAUGGUCUGUAUUAUGAUUGGUUCGUCCAUAUAUUCCAUGCUCUUCUCCAAGAAAUAUUCGGCUGAACAACUCUUGCUGGUGGCGGUUGGUAUGGCUAUUGUAGCCAUGUCUUUGUGCAUUUAUUCCACCAGCGGCAACCACCUGUACCUCUCCUUCCUGGCCUUCCUCAUUCUGGAAGUGGGUGUUGGGAUGUACUUCCCAGCCAUCGGGUACCUGCGGUCUCAGGUCAUUCCAGAGGAUCUGAGGGCAGGCAUCAUGAACUGGUUCAGAGUCCCAACUAAUAUCAUUACGUGUGCUGGUCUGCUGCUUGUCCACAAUAAUACUAUUAUUAGUUCAACUGAGUGUAUGUUUGCAAUCUGUACUGGCAUGUUAGUUAUUGCAUUAUUUAGUAAUAUGAAGUUUAUUUCUCUAUACAGUAAUAACAAGACUUUGAUCACUCACACUGAAGAUAGAACACCAUUGACGAAAGAGGAGUCAUAGUGUGUACAAAAACAAGAACUUUAGAGUGAAGUAUAUAGAUGAAUAGUGGAAGAGAAAUUUCAUUUAUGGCAGAAUGGGCUAGAAAGUUUAGACACAAAUUUUGUGAACUGACAUAUAGUUCGGCUUUGUAUUCCAAGACAUUCAGGAGUUUUAUAUACUGUGGGACAUUGAUUUAACUCUUAGAUGCACUUUUCUGUUUUUCUUUCAUAGAAGUCCUAAAUUCCUUAGAAUGAAAUAGAGGGAAAAUGCCAUGGGGUCAGAUUGAUUACAUAGAUAUUGCAGUAUUUAGUAGCCAACAUGACAUAGGCAUUAUUAAUUAUUUACUAGUGAUAAGAUAUAGUUCUCUUAUAUCCUCUGGUUCGUAUUUAAAUUUGGAGGGGAGGGCAUUUUUUUCGUAAACAAAUCAGAUUUGGUGUAAUAUGGAGUAAUGAGGAGAGGCUUAAGGUAAUGAAAUUAAAUAUUUUUUUAGUAAUGGGAAUAUAAAUUGAUUUCAGUUUUGGGUGGUGAUAUGACAACAUAAAGAAAAUAGGUUGAUGGUAUAUGAGUGAGUGGAUGGUAGCUGAAAAAGUCACUUUCUAAUAUAUAUGUGAUUUACUUAAACUGUAAAGAGUUAUGAUCUGUGAUGGACUUUUAAUUUUUUUGAUCUGUGAUGUAAUAAAAAAAAGAAGAAUAUGGCUUGAAUUUGAAUGAAUUUUAUCUUUAUGUAUGAAAAUGUAAUUGGAUAAGUUUUCUUUUUUCUUUUCUGUUGAAGUAUUAAGUAACAAAGACCCUUAAGGCAUUUUCUUGCUGUGGGACUGGUCUCUCCGUUUAAUAAAGUGCAUAAUUUUAUACAUGAUAAAUACACACAUGAAGAAAAGGAAAUAGCCAUUAUAUAUCUGCUGUGACAUCCCAUGUUGUAAAUGUGAAAAUCUAGAUUACUUGCAGGCAUUUCACUUAUAUUUAUUUUUAAAUAUUGUAUAAGUUACUAGUUUGUGACUUGACACUUAUUAUAAUUUUUAUAAUUUUUUUUUUAGAAUUGUAAGGGAUCUACCUAUAUGUGAUCAUACAGAUUUGUCUUGUUUGACUUAUGUACAUAAGUGCCAGAUACAUUGAAGUUCAAAAUUGCAUCAUGUGUGGCAGUUGUCCAAAUGAGUUGGAACAUGCAUGUAAGGCAUUUCAGCAAAGGUGAAUAUGAGGUGGUUUGAUGAAAAUAUUGCAGCACAAUAUCUGCCGUGAUAUUUGAAAGUUAGGUGUGUUUAACAUCUUGUUCUAUUUGCACUUCUGUGGGAUAUCUGAUAAAACUGUCUGUGAUUUUCAAGAGUCAGAUUUCUCAUCCUUCAAAAUUGAUUCACAGAUUCAGCCUGGUAUACAUGUAUAUCUUGGGGACUUGGCCCAUGGAUUUAUAUUGAUCAUGUAUUAUUGGAAAAGUUAAUGACUGUAGAUAUGUUUCUGAAAUCCAUUCACUUUGUGCAUUGCAAUGUAUUUUGUAGUGGAGGGUCAUAAUUACAGUUUUGAAUACAAGUGAGGUCAGAACCAAAGGACUGUACAACAAGAGAAGAGAAGAGCCUCUUGGUUAAGUGUUGGUUAAAGAAGUACUAAAUUUAUCAAGAUAAAUCCCCCUCGCAGAAAAGAGUAUCUCAUACAAAGUCAUGGAAUACCUUUGUGGAUGAUUCUCACGCGUAGAUAAGGUCUUUUGUUACUUGGUUUUCUGGUUUCAAGUGACAGACAGUGCCAGCCAUUGAGCUAGAAAUUGAUAAGCCGAGAUUGCAAGCAGAUCCAGCGAUAAGUUGAGAUGGCAAGUGGAUGGAUUGAGGAGUUCUGAUGGCAGGUGGUUAUUUUGAUAGAUCCGAUGACUUUCUGGCGGAUCUGUGAGUUGUGAGGCAGCUAAAUUAUCCUCAUUUCCAAUAUGUAUAUAUUGCAGGCAUCUUCAUAUUGCAUGUUUCUGUGUGUCACUUCUUUGUAUGUUGCAAGAUUUUUUUUUUUAGAUGUUUUAUAAUGAUGCACUUCAGAAUCACACAUUUGCAAUGGAGUGCAGAUCCUUAAUAUUUUGGAUAUGACUUUCUUAUUUUUUGUAUUUUUUUAUUUUAUUUUUUUUUCCCAAUUGGCUUAGAUGGCAAGAACACAUGCCAUGUGGACUGUAAUAUAAGUUCAUCUAUUGUGUUGUGUUCAUCUAUUGUGUUUAGUCACCAAGGAGUCAGUCAGUUGUUUACCCUUUUCCUUGAUUUUUGGAAAGCUUUGUUUUUAUUAUUUUAUGGCCUUAAAUGUUAUUGAUAUCUUAUUAAAAAUUUGAUAAUCAUAAUAUCAAUAAGAAUAAUAACAGUAUCAUUAUUAAUAGUAUUAGGAAGAAAAAGACAUUUCCCCACAAAUUCAAGGAAUGGGGAAAUCAGGCAUGGUCACAAGGGCCUACUGAUAGACUCCUUGGUGGUUGAGCACACGUGGAGCCAUCUGAAUAUGACAAAAUUCACAAAAAACUAUAGGGGACAGAACAAAAAACCCAUUGUCAUUGGGAUAAUACAUCCAUUGGAAUUACUUCUGUCCUAGAAAGACAGAAGGAGAGGUAUAUCAUUUGAGUUGUGAUACACAUACAUCAUGUAUAAUGUAUUCAUUGGUAUUACGUGAAAAUUUACAUGAAUGUGCCAGUAUUCUUUAAGUGAAAUAUAAUCAGAUUUUUAUUUAUAACACCAAUAAAGUUUCAUUACCAGAAUUUUACAGAAAAGUCUUUUUCAUUUCUCAUAUACAGAACAUUUAUUCAGCACAAAGAAUUUUUAUCAUGUUUAAGAAAAUAGCUGAUAUUUAUAUAUGAGUGAGAUUUUAAUAUCUUGUAUGGACAAUCUUAUAUUGAUAAGUACAUAUUUUUUGUAUAAA